UCGCAAGGAUGUGGCUGAUGCUAGGGAUAAGUCGGUGCAGCCUACUUCGCUACGCACACCUGGGCAGCACUGGACCUUCUCCUGGCGCAAAGCCCACUUUGGAGCAUGCUUGUUGUCGCACCCUUUGCGCGACUCUACCUACCAGUGGCAGCUUCAGCUCAAGUGACUGGGGCUUCGAAUGCAAAAGAAUGUCGUCCCCUUGCGGUCAGAUCAAGCUCUCCGCAAUGUGUCAGAUGUGAACCCCUUGGCAGCAGGGGACUUCUCAGAUGAACCAUUCUCUCGACGGG